AUUCGACGAAACGACGAGAGACCCGAGUUUCAAGAAAUUAUUGAAAAGAGAUAAGAAGAAGACGAUGACUCCCGGGAUUUUGCAAGAGCCCUCAAUAAUCGGUAACGAUCGAUCCAUCGGUGUCGGUAAAAAAAAUGCACCAAAUACGCACAGUAUUGGUACGCUAUCGUGUGACAAAUGUGCAAGAGUAUUUAAGAGAGAAAUUAAUCUGAGCAGACAUCGAGUUAAUUGUCGCAUAAGAAACGAAAAAGAAGAUGCAAGACGCAAGGAAAGUGAUGAUACGGAAAUUAUUGAAUCACUCAUGAUUGCGGAAACUUUGAAUUCGUCUCGGGGCUCCGGAAUUACUGAUAAAAGUUCGAGCUAUCGAUGCUAUUUCUGCGAUUAUACAACGGGGGAAAAAAAAUUAAUAAAACUUCACUUACGUCAGAACCACGAAGAAACUGCGGAGAAGAAUAAAAAAAGAAAAAAAUAUGGCGACGUGCCGGAGGAAAUAGUGGUUAAGGCGAGAAUGGAAGCAAACGGUCGUGUCUAUUAUCAUUGCAACGAGUGUGGCAAAAAUCUAUUUUCUCUUUAUACGUUCGCGGGGCAUAUGAGAAUCCAUACGGGCGAGAGACCAUACACUUGUCACUUGUGUGGCAAACAAUUUCGCGUUAAUCAGGGCUUGGCUCGUCAUUUGCAAGAGACUCACGCAGGAAUUAAAAAAUUUUCCUGUGACAUCUGUUCUCGGAUGUUCUCGACGAAACGCAACGUCGAGGAUCAUCGACGUAUCCACACCGGCGAGCGUCCCUUCGUUUGCAACGUAUGCGGCAAAACUUUCAAGCAAAAAGCCUCGCUAUUUGUUCAUAAUCGUACACACACGGACUUUUUUCCGUUCAAAUGUAAUUAUUGCAAUCAGGCCUUUCGUACCAGACCAUCCCUCGUUCUACAUCUUACGAAACACACCGGUGAGAGGCCUCAUACAUGCGAUAUAUGUGAUCGUUCUUUUCGCAUCAAGUAUGACCUCAAACGUCAUCGCCUGGUACAUUCGGAUGAAAAACCUUGGCGAUGUACCGACUGCGAUAUGGACUUUCGACAGAAGCGGUAUCUCGUCAAUCACAGAAGAAUCAACCACGAGUCCAGAAGAAAUUCCAAAAAUCAGUGAAGUAAACAACAUCGUGGGAAACAUUUUUUGGGUCGAUCAGGGCGAAGGAAGAUUUCAAAGUGCUCCUCAAUCGAUAUCUAAAUGUUGUAUAUACCGCGGAGACAAAUAUUUUCGGUGUGAUCUUUGCGCGAUCGUCGUUUAGCAACGAGUGUCUCACGGAAAAAAUAUUUAAACGUAAAAUUACACGCAUAAGUGCGGAAUUUGCACAAUCACUCUUUCGGACGAAAACGAGAUCUGAAAAAGCGCGAGCUCUCGUAUACACUGAAAUUAAAUCGUACCCCGUUGCGAAACUUGUGAGAAAAUUUUUCGAAUCGCUGAUGGCUGUUUGAAACUUUAUGCACAAACUCAUAUAAAUGAGAAAGCGUAUGUUUGCGGAUAUUGCGACAUGUCUGAAUGACCGAAACGACUGAACGAGUGCGCGUGAAUAGCCUGACGAAUUUGAGUCGAGGAAAAAGAGUUUAUUAGAAUGUUGAUGAAAGAAAAAGAAAAAGAAAAAGAAAAAAAACGAGCGAAGAAUAUUACAAGAAAAUUUUCGUCGUAACGCAUAAUGUGCAUCAAUCGAUGCACAGAUUCAACGAUAUCUUUUUCGAUGAUUUACGAUGACAGAGGAAUUGUAUUUGUGUUCACAGGUCCCAC